AGCGGCAGCGGCUCCUCUGCUCCCCAGGGCGGCACCGGCACCGGCGGCGGCGCGGAGGAGCGGGGGACCGGCCCGCCAGCACUGAGCACCCCCAACAACCCCCUCCCCUCCCCGGCACCGCCUUGCCCUGCGAGCGGACGGAGGCGAGAGCGAGCGCGGGAGGAGAGACGGCGAAGAGGCGCUGCGCCCCCUCCCCCGCCCCCAACGCCCCGGCGGACCGACCGACCCUGCCCGAGGCGCUGCUGCGGCUCCCCGGGGACGCGCCGCCGCCUCCCCGCCGACCUCCCCCCCCGGGUCCCGGCUGCUCCCGCCGCCCACCCGGAUCCCCGCCGGAUCCCUGCGGAGGACACGGAGAGAGCCGCGGGAUCCCCCGCCCCGCGCGCCCGCCCGCGGACCCCGCUGCGAGCACAGACUGUCGGGUUUCCCCCGCUCCCUCCUCCCUCCGCGAAAGACUUUUUGCUGGAUCCUCCUCCCCGGAUCCCCCUCCCCGCGCUCGCUCCUUCCUGCGGGAGCGGCCGCCGGAUCCUCCUUCCCGGCCCGGAUCGCCCGCGGGGUCCCUGCGGAGCCGCGGACCCUCCUCCCCUGGCAGAGACACCGCUGGAUCCUCCGCCCCCCCGGAGCUCCCGGCGGGAUCCUCCUCCCGCCCGCAGCCCCAUGUGAGACUCCGCGUUCCCCCCCGGUGGCUCCGCCGUGGUGUUUUAUUUUUCGCUCUCCCCCCCUCCUCCCUCUUUUAUUUUGAAGGGGGGAUCCAUCUUAAAACUCUCUCUCUCUCUCUCUUUUUUAUUUUUUUUUUUUCUCUUCUGGAUUCCGGUUUCUCUUUUUUGAUUUGCACUUUUUGAAAAAGCCCUCAGAUGCUCCUCCAUGUGGACUGAGAACCCAUCAAGGCACACACAGCACGAGAACUCAUCCCGAUCAACUCCAAAUCCUGGCUUUUCGUGGGUUUUGCUGCAACACAUAAAAGCAAACUUGUAUUUAAGACACACUCGUGCAAAAAUUUAGCUGGGGACUUGAACGUGUAUUUUUGUCUUGGUUUCUUGGUCUUGGUUACAUAUAUUUUUUUUGGUUUUUAUUUUUGCUUCACUGGAAGUCAAAAGCUUGUUUUGGAAUUGGACCUGCUUUUGCUGCACUUCUCCUCUGGGCUGGAUAACACUGAAGCUCUUUGCUUUUCUACUUGGAUAGUGUUUUCCUGUUGAUCUGUUUUGUUUUUUUUUUUUUUCAUCUCCUGUGUGGCAGACUUCUUUUUUUUUCUGAGGGGGGUAAACAAACGACAACAACAAAAAAAAACUUAAUUUUUUUGGCCGUGUGAGAUUUUUUUCGUAUUCAGAUUCGUGAAAUUACGGGUACACUUACAAAAAAAUUUAAAAAAGAAGCAUUAAAAAUAAGAAAGGAACACGUCAGAAAGACCCCUACACGAUAGACAAAAAUACUCACUUGUUUCCUUACAGCAAGACUGAAUCGAAAGCUGCCAAAGAGCCCCAUAAAGAAAAGACUAAAAGGGAGAAAGAACAAGAAACACAAGAAGAGGAACAUUUGAUGGAAGAAAAGAAAAAGAAAAAGCAGGAAGAAAAGAAAAAGAAGGAAGGUGCUCAGAAAAAGGCUGCUGAACAAAAAACCAAAGUGCCAGAACCUAUUAAGACCAGUUUAAGCCAGCCCCAACCUGCCGGUACCGGUACCAGUACUUCCACCAGCACUAUUACCAACAGCAGCAAUGGCAAGCGCACGUCUGCCAACGGGCAGCAGCCGGCUGCGUCCCGAUACCUGCCUCGAGAGGUGCCUCCACGCUUCCGCCAGCAAGAACAGAAGCAGCUCCUAAAGCGGGGGCAGCCACUGCCCGCCGGGACUCUGAGCGGCACCAGCCCCGCGCCAGGCGCGGCGCCAGCAGGGGCCAGUCCUCCUCCGCAGCAGGGAGCGGGUGGACAGCAUCAUCCCAGUAAGACCCAACCAGAUCUCAGCCACAGUGGAUUGGGAGACCAUUAUGAGAAUUCCCACUGGGGACAGCAGCCCGCUUUCAGGAGUGAAGGCAACUGCAGCUGGGAUAAAGUGAUAAUAGACAGGACUGACAAGGAAGCGUGGCCUUCCAUAACCGGAGCUGAGACUGAGUCUGCCUCAGAAUGUACUACAGACACUGACUCUGCCUCCAACUGUGGCUCAGAGAACAGUAGCAUGGCUACAGGGAGUGCCCAAGGCAACUUCACUGGACAUACAAAGAAAACUAAUGGCAAUAAUGGCGCCAACGGAGCACUCGUCCAAAGCACUUCUAACCAGAGUGCCCUUGGAGCUGGUGGAGCAAACGGCAACGGCAGCUCGGCCAGGGUGUGGGGGGUGGCUGCAGGCUCCAGCUCUGGCCUAGCUCACUGCUCUGCCAGUGGUGGGGAUGGAAAGAUGGACAACAUGAUGGGAGACGGUAGAAGUCAGAACUGCUGGGGUGCUUCCAACUCGAAUGCUGGCAUUAAUCUUAACCUUAACCCUAAUGCCAAUCCAGCUGCCUGGCCUGUACUUGGACAUGAAGGAACUGUGGGAGCAGGCAACCCUUCCAGUAUUUGCAGUCCAGUCAGUGCCAUAGGUCAGAACAUGGGCAACCAGAAUGGGAACCCAACAGGCACCUUGGGUGCUUGGGGAAACUUGCUGCCGCAAGAGAGCACAGAACCACAAACGUCCACUUCUCAGAAUGUGUCUUUCAGCGUACAACCUCAGAACCUUAACACUGAUGGACCAAAUAACACUAACCCCAUGAACUCUUCACCAAACCCUAUCAAUGCAAUGCAGACAAACGGACUGCCGAACUGGGGGAUGGCUGUUGGCAUGGGGGCCAUCAUCCCGCCCCACCUGCAAGGCCUUCCUGGUGCUAACGGAACAUCGGUUUCUCAAGUCAGCGGGGGCAGUGGUGAAGGAAUGGGCAGUUCAGUGUGGGGGAUGUCCCCAGGUAAUCCUGCCACAGGAAACAGCAAUUCUGGGUUCAGUCAGGGGAAUGGAGACACUGUGAACUCAGCAUUAAGUGCUAAACAAAACGGAUCCAGCAGUGCUGUGCAAAAGGAAGGAAACGGAGCGAACGCGUGGGAUUCGGGGCCUCCGUCCGGUCCCGGGGUCCUGGCGUGGGGCAGGGGCGGUGGCAGCAGCGGUGUUGGUGGUGUGCAUUCUGGAGCUUGGGGCCACCCCAACCGUAACACCAGCAACGGUGUCAACGGGGAGUGGGGCAAGCCCCCAAACCAGCAUUCCAAUAGCGACAUCAAUGGGAAAGGAUCAACAGGGUGGGAUAGCUCUAGUGUUACCAGUCCGAACCCUGCCAUGCAGCAGGGCAAUGAACAAAUGAACUCUUGGGCCAAAGCUGCAGCAUCUGGCACCACGGCUAGUGAAGGAAGCAAUGACAGCGGUGGGAGUCAAAAUGAAGGCAGUACUGGGAGGGAGGGGGCUGGAGAGGGCAGGAGGAGAGACAAAGGGAUGAUAGACCAAGGGCAAGUUCAGUUGCCAAGAAAUGACCUUGACCCCAGGGUCCUGUCCAAUACGGGGUGGGGACAGACCCCUGUAAAGCAAAACACUGCCUGGGAAUUUGAAGAGUCCCCAAGGUCUGAACGGAAGAAUGACAAUGGAACAGAGGCCUGGGGUUGUGCAGCUACUCAAUCUUCAAACUCAGGGGGGAAGAACGAUGGGUCCAUCAUGAACAGUACAAAUACCUCUUCAGUAUCUGGGUGGGUCAACUCUCCACCGGCAGCUGUUCCAACAAAUACAGGUUGGGGAGACAAUAACAACAAAGCACCAAAUGGCCCGGGGGGGUGGGGAGAGUCAGCAAGCUCUACUACUGUUAAUAAUGCUGCUGCUGCCAAAAGCGGCCACGCUUGGAGUGGGACCGCAAAUCAGGAGGACAAAUCACCUACCUGGGGUGAACCUCAGAAACCCAAAUCUCAAAACUGGGGAGAUGGACAGAAAUCAAAUCCAAGCUGGACUUCAGGAGGUGGAGACUGGACAGAUUCAUCAUCUGUUCCUGGACACUUGGGUGAUGGGAAGAAGAAUGGAUCUGGAUGGGAUUCUGACAAUAGAUCGGGGUCUGGCUGGAAUGAUUCUGCAAGGUCUGGGACCAGUGGGUGGGGAAAUGGCACAAACAGCAAGGCUAAUACAGGUACAAGUUGGGGGGAAUCUUUAAAGCCGGGCCCCCAACAAAAUUGGGCUAAUAAACCCCAGGACAACAAUGUGAGUAACUGGGGAGGAGCUGCUUCUGUAAAACAGACGGGGUCAGGGUGGGUUGGUGGGCCAGUGCCAGCCAAACAAAAAGAGAACUGUGAGGCAACUGGCUGGGAAGAGCCAUCGCCACCGUCCAUUCGCCGCAAGAUGGAAAUCGAUGAUGGUACCUCAGCUUGGGGCGACCCAAAUUACAACAACAACAAGACUGUAAACAUGUGGGAUAGAAAUAAUCCUAUAAUUCAGAGCAGUACCACAACCAACACCACCACCACUAGCACCAUUAUCAACACCAACAUGGUUGAACCUCAGCCAUCGCACCAGUCAAGUGCCCAGCCGAACCGGUCCCCGCUGCUUGGCCCAGCAGGCUGGGGAGAGAUGCCUGCUGUCCACACAAAGACCGAAGCUUCUUGGGGAGAGCCCUCGUCCCCUUCUGCUGCAGUUGAUAAUGGCACUUCGGCGUGGGGGAAACCCCCCAGCAGUGGGACCGGGUGGGGAGAGAAUCCUGCCGAGCCGGCAGGGACAUACGGAAGAACAAACGCUCCAGCUGCUGCCCCAGCACUGUGCAAACCAGCUUCAAAAUCUAUGCAAGAAGGCUGGGGCAGUGGUGGGGAUGAAGUGAAUCUCAGUACUAGUCAGUGGGAAGAUGAAGAAGGAGAUAUGUGGAAUAAUACUGCUUCACAAGAGAGCAGCUCCUCCUGUAAUUCCUGGGGGAAUGCCCCGAAGAAAGGACUUCAAAAGGGCAUGAAGACAUCUAGCAAGCAGGAUGAGGCCUGGAUCAUGAACCGUCUGAUAAAACAGCUCACAGACAUGGGCUUCCCUAGAGAGCCAGCGGAAGAGGCCUUGAAGAGCAACAGUAUGAAUCUCGAUCAGGCCAUGAGUGCUCUGCUGGAAAAGAAGGUGGAAAUGGACAAGCGUGGAAUGGGAGUGACCGACUAUAAUGGAAUGGUCACCAAACCCCUUGGCUGCCGCCCACCACCAAUCUCCAAAGAGUCUUCCAUGGACCGCCCCACCUUCCUUGACAAGCUCACCCUUUCUUUCUCCAAUCAGGAUGGCGGCCUAGUGGAAGAGCCCACUACUUCACCAUUUUUGCCUUCACCAAGCCUGAAGCUCCCCCUUUCAAACAGUGCACUCCCUAAUCAGACCCUGGGCGGGAUUGCCUCAGGGCUGGGCAUGCAAAACUUGAAUUCUUCUAGACAGAUACCGAGUGGCAAUCUGGGUAUGUUUGGCAAUAGCGGAGCAGCACAAGCCAGGACCAUGCAACAGCCGCAGCAACCGCCAGUGCAACCUCUUAAUUCAUCCCAGCCUAGUCUUCGUGCUCAAGUGCCUCAGUUUCUAUCCCCUCAGGUUCAAGCACAGCUUUUGCAGUUUGCAGCAAAAAACAUUGGUCUCAGCCCUGCACAGUUAACCUCGCCAAUUAAUAAUCCUCAGCAUAUGACGAUGUUGAACCAGCUCUAUCAGCUGCAGCUGGCGUACCAACGUUUACAAAUCCAGCAGCAGAUGUUACAGGCUCAGCGUAAUGUUUCCGGACCCAUGAGACAACAGGAGCAGCAAGUUGCACGUACAAUCAAUAACAUGCAGCAGCAGAUCCAGCAGCACCAGCGCCAGCUGGCCCAGGCCCUGCUUAUGAAGCAGCAGCCUCCCCCUCCACAUCUAUCUUUGCACCCCUCUGCAGGCAAAUCAGCCAUGGAUAGCUUUUCACCCCAUCCCCAGGCUCCCGGCCUACCUGACCUGCAGACCAAAGAGCAACAGUCUUCACCGAACACCUUUGCUCCUUACCCUCUUGCUGGACUGAACCCGAACAUGAAUGUAAAUAACAUGGACAUUACUGGUGGUUUGUCAGUGAAGGACACUUCUCAGUCCCAGUCUCGCCUUCCUCAGUGGACACACCCCAACUCUAUGGAUAAUCUGUCUAGUGCUGCUUCUUCUCUUGACCAGAACUCCAGCAAGCACGGUGCUAUACCUGGAGGUUUAAGUAUUGGUCCUCCAGGAAAGUCCUCCAUUGAUGACUCCUAUGGCCGGUAUGACCUGAUUCAGAACAGUGAGUCUCCUGCCAGCCCACCCGUAGCUGUUCCUCACAGCUGGUCACGUGCCAAAUCCGAUAGUGAUAAGAUUUCCAAUGGCUCCAGCAUAAACUGGCCACCAGAGUUUCAUCCAGGAGUGCCAUGGAAAGGACUGCAGAAUAUUGAUCCUGAAAAUGACCCCGAUGUCACUCCUGGAAGUGUUCCAACUGGGCCUACCAUAAACACCACGAUACAAGAUGUUAAUCGCUAUCUCCUCAAGAGUGGAGGGUCAUCCCCAACAUCAUCUCAGAAUGCCACGCUGCCUUCAUCGAGUGCCUGGCCGCUUAGUGCCUCCGGCUACAGUAGCUCUUUCAGCAGCAUUGCAUCUGCACCUAGCAUUGCAGGUAAACUGUCAGACAUCAAGUCCACGUGGUCCUCUGGCCCGAUCUCUCACACACAAGCCUCUCUGUCCCACGAACUCUGGAAGGUACCCAGAAACACUACGGCUCCGACGAGACCCCCUCCAGGCUUAACCAACACCAAGCCAUCAUCCACGUGGGGAGCCAGUCCCCUGGGCUGGACCAGCUCUUACUCCUCUGGUUCUGCAUGGAGUACUGACAGCUCAGGGAGAACAAGCAGCUGGCUGGUUCUUCGGAACCUCACCCCCCAGAUUGAUGGUUCCACACUGCGGACACUGUGUUUGCAACACGGCCCUCUCAUAACAUUCCACUUGAACCUGACACAAGGGAAUGCUGUGGUCCGAUACAGUUCCAAGGAGGAAGCAGCCAAGGCCCAGAAGUCUCUGCACAUGUGUGUCCUGGGAAACACUACCAUCCUGGCCGAGUUUGCUGGUGAGGAAGAAGUGAACCGUUUCCUAGCGCAGGGCCAGGCGCUGCCGCCCACCUCCAGCUGGCAGUCCAACACUGGAUCCACCCAGACCCGCCUGGGCUCCUCCGGCAGCUCCCACGGCCUGGUGCGCCCCGACACCGGCCACUGGAACCCCCCCUGCCUGGGGGGCAAGGGCAGCAGCGACCUGCUGUGGGGAGGGGUCCCCCAGUACUCCAGCAGCCUUUGGGGACCCCCCAGCGCCGACGACGGCAGAGUCAUCGGGAGCCCCACGCCUCUGAAUACUCUCCUCCCAGGGGAUCUUCUCAGCGGGGAGUCCAUCUAGGAAACGAGAGAGAAAACAAAAUGGAAAUAACAAUCAUCAGCACUAAAGGAAAAAAAAAAAUUAAAAAAAAAAAAAAUUUAAAAAAAAAAAAAAAAAAGAAUUGUAACCCUUUCCAGUCCCGGGCUUGAUGAAGAAUCCAGCUUUAACCCAUGAGACUGGCAGCCCUCCUUAGUACCUCUGUCCAAUAUCGAAUCCGAAACUGCAGAAGUCCUUGUGAACUGUUCCUGAAACAGUAUGGGCUCCUUUUUGGUCAGUGUCACAUGCUAAUGACAGGUUUUAUUGUUUGGUUGUUUUUUUUUUUCAUGGCUUUUUUGUUUUAUGUUGUCUUUUUAUGUUUGUAUGGUGAUUUUUUUUUUUUUUUUCAAAACCAAGUAUAAAAGCUGCUUAGAAUAGGUCUAUCAUGAAGGGCACUUUUCAGAAUUUGGGCUGGAAAGGGUUAUUUUAUCAACUUGGGGCGGGGAGGGGAGGGUGGGAAGGGGAAAUGAAAGCCUAUUUAAAUGAGCCUGUGACUAUUAUGCACAUUACAGAGGCGGACCCAAUAAUCAGAAAGGGUGAAGUGUGAUAUUUACCAUUGGUACAGAAAAGUGACGAAUCCAAGUGGGAACUAUGGACUGUACAGGUUGAGUUGGGGUGGGGAGGGAGGGCAGGGUUGGGGUAUCUCUGUGUCCACUACUCCCAUGGAUCUGCCUAUGCACAUUGCCCUUGUUUCAUUACUUUUUCAUGUCAUUUUUUUAAUCCCAAAAAUAUUAAAAAAAAAAAAGGUAAAAAAAAAUUUAAAAAAAAUUAACAAAGAAACAAAAAAAAAAUUAAAAAAAAAAAAAAAAGGCAACAAACCAUAUCAACAUGCAAAUACUUGAAUCCAGCAGGCCAAUAACAAAAUGUGAACACUUUCUGAGUUGAAUUAUUACACUUCCAGGUCAGCAUCAGUACACAAAAAACAGGCUCUAAGAAUUUUUUUUUUUUUUUAAAAAAAGUUCAGACUCUAUGUUUUUGUUGGGACAUAUGUGAGUGUGCCUCUGUGUGUGAGUGUGUGAGUGUGUGUGCCCACGUGUGGUUUAACUCAACGUGUGAAGUUUUUCCUUUGAUUCAGUAUAUGCUUUUUAUUUGCUCAUUGGUCAAAUGUUUAAUUGUUAUUAGCUUCUAACUUUGCACUGAGUGUCCGCAGCCCUUCUUGUAGCUAAUCCUGUAAUGGUAAAAAACAACAAAAAAAAAAAAAGGACAAAAAAAAGGAAAAAAAAAAAAAAGAAAGAAAAAAAAAAAAAGGAAAGAAACUGAUAGAAGGGGCCGGCGACAAUUCAUGUGUAAAUGUUUACUCAAGGACUCUUAUUGCAUUUUAAAAAUUACAGUGUGUAUCUCUGGAGAAUAAUAUGUAUAUCUACCUUUAGCGGCUUUUUAUUGUGGACUAAUGCAAGAAAAUUAUUACCGGAGUAUUGCACCAUUUUUCCAUUCGGAAUAUAAAGUUUAAAAAAAAAAAAUACUCUUGUUGAACUGUGGCCAUAGAUAAUUGUAAAGAGUUGAUAGUUCCCUUGCAAGCAGGAACAGAAACAAGCACUUGGACAUAAGUUUUGACUGCUUUUGGAGGAGCCAGGAGUUUUGGCUCCCACCUGUUUACAGACCUUUUUUUUCUCUCCUUCAAACUUUAAAAUAAAAAAAGGAAUUACAAAAAAAAAAAAAAAAAAACACAAAAAAAAAAAAAAAAAAAAAAAAAAAAAGACUUCCAUCGUAAAGAAAAACUAUUUUCAGAAUGAAGAUAUGCUACUUCAGAGCUCUGGGAUUGAACAGUGUUGUUGUAUUAUCCUUUUCUUUGGCCAUUGCUGUGUACUAUUUUUGUUGUUGUUUUCCUCCUCUUCGUCAAAGUGGCGAAAACUUUGUGAUCACUAUCUUGCACAUGGUGGAAGAUGUCUCAGGAAAGCCGGGUUUCCCGAGGAGCAACUCCACACCAUUUCAUGUAUUUUUAAAACCCAACUCCUAGCACUGAAGAUAUUAUUAAAAAACAAAAUAAAAUAAAAAAAAAGACAGUAAGAAAGAAGAAAAAUACCUAAUCUAAUGUGUAGCAGUUACAUAUUUACCAAAUAAUGGACUCAAAAGAAAUAGAUGUUUGAAGAGUGCUUUAUAUAUUAAAAAAUCGCUUUAUGUUUAAAAAAAAAAGAUCAAUGUUUUUGAUUGUUUUGAAAGGAAGAAAGACAAUGGAAUAACAUACACUUCAAGUAUGUUUUAAAAAUUAUAUGAACAUUGUGCUCCCUGCCUGCUUGGAUCAGGAAACUUGUGCAUUACUUUUUUUUUUUUUUUUUUUUUUUGAAGAUUAGCUUUUUAAUGGUUUUAUCAGAUUUAAAGGGUCCUGCAAGAUUGCAAAUUAACAAAAGCUGGUUUUAUAGAGGAUCAUGAACUAUGCACAAACUGGGUUCAAGACUUGUUUUUUUUUUCCUCAAGUUUUAGUAGUGUAUUUAGCUGAAUAACCUUUCCUCAGAGUAAUUGCAUCUCAUUGCCAUUACACGCCUGUUACAUAUAUAUUUUAUAUAUAUAUACACACACACACUUAUAUAAAAUAUGUAUGUGUGUAUGUGCGUGUUUACAUACAAUUUUCCAUGCUGAAGUUUAGCAUUGAGUUGUAGAAAAACUCCUGAUAUUUUCAAAUUGGGAAUGAAAAGUUAUGUUGGAGGGUGGGGUGGGUUUUGUUUUGGGGCUUUUUUUGGUUUUGUUUUGGGGGUUUUUUUUUGCCUUUUCCUUUUGAAUUAAAGAUGUCUGUAACUCUGAGAUUAAAAAGAAAACCAACAAUUGUGGCUUUUAAUGUUUAUUCUCCUCAUAGAAUGUGAUUGUUAAAGAACAUGCACCGAAAGUUGCUUUCAAGAGUACGAAGAUUCUUUGAAACUUAAUAAAUUGCAGUUUUUUCUUGGCUGUUGAAAUAAUGUGUAUUUUUCUUUUAUGCAGGGGAUACUAAAAAUAUAUAUAUAUAUAUAUAUAUAGUUGAAUCUGUUAAGGUAUUUCAUGAAGAAGUUUAACUCUUUCACUUUGAAUGAGGAUGACGUGUAAGCCAGGAAAGCCCCUCCUGUGGUCGCUCCCUCUGCUUGUUGGUGACACCCUCAUGAGCUUGUUCCAUGAACGCUUUGCACAUCACAUCCAAAAGCACUGCACAAGCAGCAGUAACCAUUCUUGUGUUAAAAUUCUGUUUUUAUCAUUUUUUCCAUGUCUUCAGUAACGUAGCUGAAUCGUUAGCCCUGUGAACGCAGCGAGGCUGGAGAUGACUCUCCUGCUCCAUCGUUCCAGAGCCUCCCAGUUUCUGGAUGUCUCUAAAUGGCCUGUAAAAUCUUUGAGGUGAGCAAAUAGCCCGUGAAUAGGGUAGGAACACCAAAAUAUUUUCAUGUUUGGCCUUUCAGGGCUUGGCUUGAGGAAGGUGUUUGCAUUGGUAACCACUCCAAGGUCCCUUUACCCCGACCAUGCCAACCUGAGGCACAGGAGACGAAGGGCCAGGGAUUCCUGGGGAGAUUCCAGCCUGGCUCCAUCUCCCUCAUCUGAACUUGAGUAAAUGCUCUCCUCCCACCUCCACCAAACCAGUUCCUGACCUUCAGUGGCCAUGGGGCAGCUGGUGCUCAAUGUGAUGAUGUACAGCAGGGCUGGCCCUGGGUCUCGAGGGGUGUGAGUUUGUACUGCUGAAACUCAUUUCCCCAGUCCAUUUGAGAAGGAAAAAGCUAAUAUGGACAGCUGGAUUAAUUAAAAAAUUGGUUCCCAGUCCUGAAUAACCACCUGUGCUGUCCCAGGGAUUGUCCAUAAACCGUAAUUCCGUAAGAAAGACCCAUGGGGCAGGGGGCUCCCAAGCAACUUGAGAGUUGCAGUUUGCUGGCAGGUAUGAUACAGUUUAAAAUACCCAAAUUCAGCUUUGGGGGUAACUUCUGUUACUGAAACAGAUAAAGAACCCUGUCUGAAGCCUGUUCUCUCAAUUUUACUGAUCUGGCCCCAAAGUUGCACAGCUCUUUUUUACUGCUUUCCUUCCCACCUCCUUAUUUUUUAUCUCUUCCAGUGGUUUCUAAUGAAACUCUUGGAAGAGAGUUUCCUUCUCUUUUCCUUCCUUGGUUCUUUUUUAGUUUUGCUUUUUGUUGGGCAUUUUUUCCUUGGCAAGGAGGGCUUUCGGUUCUGGUGACUUCAGGUUUUGUUGCCAAGACAUCAAAGUCCCUUAUGAAGUCGGAUAUUUCAGUCUUCCAUGGGGUUGGCAGUGAUGGCUUUUUGUAAAUCAAAUGCACUCUCAAUAUUUAGCAUCCCCUGGUAUAUUAAAGGGAAUACAGCUUUUGACCAAAUCUUUUACUGUCAGCAUAGCUCUUUAUUUUCACUGUCAUUCUUCUGCUUCAGUACUAUUCAGUAUUUCUCAAACUGUAAUGAAAGCUCCUGAUGAUCAGGAUUCGCCCUGUGGCCCCAGAAUCUUUACAAGAAAAGAUUUUUUAACAAUUUGUGUUUUUUCUGUAUAUUGCAUUUGCUGUACCCUCCAUGGCACCUUCACUGCAUGGCUCCCUGUCUUUAGACCAGGAGAAUUUCUGUUUCCUGAGUGGUCUGAAACUGUCAAACUUCUUCUUAGUUCCUUGUCUAGUUUGUGGGUGGCACUGGCAGAGCAGAUGUGUUUUUUUGCUUUUUCUGCUCCAGAAAUAUAUUAUUGUUCUUGCUAAUUCAAUAUAUGAUUGUGUACGUGAAGGAGCUUUUUAAUUAAAAAAAAAAAAAUAUGUAUAUGGAUAUCUGUAUAUGUUAAGAAUUAUUGGAGUUGGAAGAGCCUGGAAAUGGAAUUGGAAAACCCUUUAGGAUUUGGGUUGUGGGCAGCUACAGUGUGGAGCAGAUCCAAGCCGAUCCAAGGUUGCCGUGGUGACGGAUCCUCUGAUGCUGCCCAUGAACUGCUGCUGAGUCCCCGCUGCCCGGUGCCAGCUGUGCCCCUGUGUCACUGUAUUGAUGCUGAAUGUACAAUCUCAAGUCCUGUAUAGCCAGUUUCAGGGAAGGGGAGCUCUGGAAAAAUGGGAUGUGGAGCUCAAAGGAACUCUUGGUGUAAACUGCCCGGAUGCCUGGCGUCCACCGCCUUCCGCAGCGCCCCGAGGGAAACGGCAGCUCCCGAAACGCCUGGAAGCGUCUGUGGCUCACUUAGCAGGAUCAGAAGGAGAUGCCCAGGACGUGUCAGCUCCCUGCAGGUCUCCUGGACUGUCUCACCCAGGUCCUUGUGCCGCUUCCGAGGCGGCGACGUGCCCGUGAAACCUUAACGGCCGCGGGAGCAGCCCAACUUCUGUCCUCUCACAUUCCCCCUCCUUCCCGAGGGGUCUCUUCCACAAAUGUGCUCUUGGAAUUCGGGAGAGGCGCCUCCAACACUCAUCCACACUGUAGCUUUCCUGAGGGAGGACGGACUAACGUGCCCAUGUUCUAGUGGGGUCUAGGUGUCUUCCUCCAGCGGAUACACCAAUCGCUCAGGUUAACUAUUGCUGCAAGUUGCCAGACUCCAUCCUCCAGCACCAGUCCAGCCUCUGCAGAGACAGUCCAGCUGACCAUCAAAUGACCAUUUUAACCCCUCAUGCUCCCACUGUUUCCUUCUCUCUAAUGAAGGUGUUUCAUUAGACGUGAAUAUGACACUUUGUCCUCUGUGUGUGUGCCCCUGGUGUUUGCUUUUUACUGUCCGAUGCAUUGGAAACGAGUUGCUUGUAAAUUUUCUCUUGAUGAAAACGUGGUCCCAGUGCAAGUCAUGAUUUCAGGGUUAUUAAAAUAAUGUUGCGAAACACAACAA